AUGAAUAAAUUAGAGAAGAACAUAAAUGAAACAAACGACACAAUGGUUGAAAGUACCUGUAGAACGUAUAUUAUGGAAGGGUACCCUACUGAAAAUGGUGAAACUCAACCUGAAUUAAAGGAAUAUUAUAUUUAUCCUAAUGUUGUAAUUCAUGAUUAUGAAAAAAAUAGUAACUCUUUAUUAAAUUUUGAUUGCCCAAAAACCCCAUUUAGUUGCCAACCGAAAAAUUCAAAAGUGUUUAUUCGUAGAGUUGAUAAUAAGAAUACAUGGUUUAAUAAAACUUACAACGUUUUAAAUGGUUCAUAUUAUAAAGAUCUUAGCCCCCCUAUAAUUUCAUCAAGAAAUUCUUUUGAUAGAAAAAAAAUGGAAGAACAUAAUUAUUAUAUGGAUGCAAAUGAAAGAGGAGAAACUAAUGAAAAAUAUAUAUCUAAUAAAAUGAACGAUAAUACAUAUAUGUGUUCCGUUGAUGAAUCUAAUUAUCCCCUAAAAGGGCAAGUUCUAAAUGAUAGUAAUAUACAAAUAGAUGUACCUCUUUGUGUCCAAGAAGCAACUCAUAGUGAAAAAGGAUAUAAUGUUACUUUACCAAUGAAUCCAAUAAAUCAGAAUGGAUUUUAUUAUAAUUAUAUUACUCCAGAAGCUUCAGACAAUGAAUGUAGCAUUAAUACUGCAGCAGUUGCAAAUUUUGUUCAUAUUUUCUUUAGAUAUAUUUAUAAAGUAUUUAAGCUAGCUUUCGAAAAAAUAAAAAGAGACUUCAACACUAAAGAAGUUUAUUUUGACUCAGGAAUGCUACCGUUUCAUGAUUUAGAUAUAUCAUGUGAAGUUUGUAGGACUAAAUAUGGAGAUAUAUUAAUGGAUGCGCAUAAUAAGGAUUGUUUAGCAUAUUUUGAAGGAUAUGAUGAAACCCGUACUAUGUUUACAAAAUUAUGGGAUAUAGUUAACAAUUGGAUCGAUUCAAGAGAAAAUAGUAAAAUAGAAAUAAUAAGAGGAAAGCAAAAUAAAAAUAAUGAAGAAGCUUACUAUCAAUUGGAAGAAUUUCCAAAAGAUGAAAAUGGUAAAAUUGAACUACCUAAAUUUAAAACUGUUGAUAGACAAAAAUCAGUAAAAUUUUAA